AUGCGGCAAUCCCCCACAUCUCUCUACGUAGACUCGAUGCACAGCAACACACUCACAGAUCACCCCCUCACGCAUCGCAGCAGCCGCGACGAGCUUGCGUACCGAAAGCGGAAGCUGACGGAGCGUGGGCAGUAUGAGCAGGCCGCAAAGGCGGAGGAGGAGGCGACCCAACGCGACCGCGAAGGCAAGGGUGGCGCAGAAACGAAGGAGUACUACUGGGCAAUACUCUGCGCUGUACUGGGCUACUUGGCCGCUCACGCUCUUGUGUUCAACUACUAUUACCCAGAUGACCUUCGGCCCAACUACUCACCUGACCGCGGCUACUUUGACGACGUGGCGGCACGGAGGGAGGAGCUGGAGGCGGUAGACGAGAUAGUGGGCUUGUCGGUGCUGGAGAGCGUGUAUAGCAAGCGCAAGGCUUCCGUGAAGCGCCGGCUUGAGGGCCGCUAA